AUGAAGGAGACGGGAGGUGAGUCCUUACAAUUAGGAAAACCCAUUUGCUUUUGAAGAAUUGAUUUGGAUUUAGACUUCCUAGGCUUGCAUGCAUCUAAUUCUGAAACAAUGUCAAGGUUGACUGUUCAAGUCUGUUGCAGGAAUCUAUGCAAUUCCUGUAUUUAAGGCAACCCUGGCUGAUCUUUUCCUUGGACUGCUAUUUCUCUGAACUACAACAGCUACACAUAGCUUUAACCCAAGCCUUUGGGGUGUGGGUGUGAGAAAGAGGGGAAAGCGGGAUGUGAUGCCCAUUCUGUCAUUUAGGACCCAGAAGCCCUCCCCUCUUUGCAGGUUUUCCAAAGGUCUAGUGACUUGCUCUUGAAUUAUUUUGCUUCAGGUGGGUGAUUUAGGUUGCACUCCCAGUCAUACUUACUAGGAAGGGUCAUCAAUCCCAGAAGAUCUUACUUCUGAAUAGGGAUGGUGAGUCUGUCCAUAUCAGUCUCUCUCUGGUUCUCAUUUUUCCAACCAUAAAUUCGGCUCUCCACAUUUUGCAUCCAUUUGCAUUUAUAAAGACAUUGCCAUGGAAAUUAAGUAGCAGCAUAGUAAGAAUUUCUCAUAAUAUAUAAAUAUAUUUAUAAGCAGUUUUGACUGAUUAGCAUUUUUUUGGGGAAACAAUUUGCCUAAUAGAAUGCAUUUUUAUGCUAUUUUCACUAAGAUCCUCACUCUUCCUUCCACUUUCCAUUAAUACAUCCAUUUAUGUAAGCAUUGUUGGGUUAGAUAACUGUAUCACAAAAUUCAGACACAAAAUUCAGAAUAGCUGUGUUUCAACUUUAAAUGCAUACUGGAUAGACAGAAUUUCUCCUCCAUUCCUAAGAAAUGGGUCCCAACAACAUCCCUGUGAUAUGGCAAAGGCUGCAAUCCUAACCAUGUCUAGUCAGGAGUAAGUCCUAUUGAAUUAAUGUGGCUUAUGCACAGGUACAGCUUUCAUCUAUGUAUGUUUACUCAAAAGUCCAGCUGAGUUUCCGGGGGCAUUUUGCCAUCAGACAGCCUAGUAUGUCCCUGUGACAUAAGUCCUGGAUGAAAAAUGUUAAUGAAGGCUCUCUUAUUACCUAUCCACCAUCAGCCUCUGUUUCUGGAAAGAGCCUUGUUCUGGAAAAAGAAUUGUUGCUUUAAGAAACAUUGGGAACACUGGAGAAAGCAAAACAGCAACUGCAUCAAGGGAACACACAGAGUCAGAACUCAAACUUGUGGAUAGAUGUACAAGGCAAUCCCUGUGCAUGCUUACUCAGAGAUAAGUUUCACUGCGUUCAAUGGAGCUUUUAUCAAUAUAAACAAGUUAUAUUAAGACUUCUGGAAUCCAAAGGACAUUUCCAAAAGGGGAGUUGAAACCUUGCAAUAUUCAUUGGUCUCUUGAUCUGCAGUGAAAGGAUUAAAUUAAUGACCGCCACCUGAUGCACUUCCAAGCAUAUUUGCAUCCCUGCUGCAAUUUAGGGGGGAAAAAGGAACAUCGACAUACAUAAAGAAUGUAGAAAUGGGUGGUUAAAUUUGAUUCCUAGACAGAAAAAUGGACUAUAGGGCAGGAAGUGGCUAGAGUAACUGGUCUCCCAAACCUCCUGAAUAGCUGAGCAUUGGAACACAUAAACCUGGAGAAAAUGUGUUAAAUUUGUUUGAUUUUCCACCUUUCUAACAAUGUAAACGGAGCCCGGUGCUGAGUCAGCCCAGGUUGCUAAGUGAGGGAGCUCAUGGCUUGUUUGCAGAAGGCAUCCAAGGUCCAUGAUCUGUGUUGCCCUUGUGGGACCUUGGGGAAGAACCACAGAGCAGGGCUUGAUGUGAGCAGGCCAGAGCAGCGGAUCACUGAGAGAGAAAUGACCUGCCUUUUAUUGAAUGUAACUUUUAAAAUCUCCUUCUAGCUGCUGCAAUGCCUGGUAUCCUCUCUUCGCUCCCCUACAUCUUCAUUCUCCUCCUCUUUUCACCUGCCUCUGGCUCUGCCCCUGGCGAUGACACCGUGGUGGUCACCAAAAGUGGCCCCAUCAAGGGCAAGCAUGUUUCAGCUGGCUCCGGCUCUGUGACGGCUUACCUGGGUAUCCCCUAUGCUGAGCCCCCUGUGGGGAAAUUGCGUUUCCAGAAGGCCCUUCCACACCAGCCAUGGAGCCAAGUCUUGGAAGCCACCAGCUAUGGCAACUCUUGCCACCAGUCUAUUAUUUCUGGCAUCCCUGAUGCAGACGUGUGGGCACCCAAUACGCCACUGUCAGAAGACUGCCUCUUUCUCAACAUCUGGGUUCCCCACCCGCGUCCCUCUACACCAACCCCUGUCCUUGUUUUCAUUCACGGAGGGGGGUUUUUCACUGGGACAUCUUCCCUGGACAUGUACAAAGGAGAAUCCUUAGCCUCUACCGAGAGAGUGAUAGUUGUCAACCUGAAUUAUCGCCUGGGGAUGCUAGGCUUCCUCACCAUGCCACCAGCAGCUGCAGGAAAUUUGGGCUUGCUAGACCAACAGCUGGCUCUGAGAUGGGUCAAUGAGAAUGCCGCCGCCUUUGGAGGAGAUCCGACUCGGGUGACCAUAUUUGGCCACAGCGCUGGAGCAGCAGCAGUGGGUUUCCACCUCCUUUCACCAGGCAGCCAGCCCCUUUUUGCCCAAGCUGUGAUUCAGAGUGGAUCUCCCAGUGCCAUCUGGGCUUGGGGGAGUCCUGAGGAAGCCAAGCAAAAAUCCCUCGCUAUCGCCCAGCUGGUGGGCUGUGCUGAUGGCGAUGACAGCGCUGUGAUGAGCUGCCUACAGGCGAAAAAUGCCACAGAAUUCUCUCCACAGGAAAUGCUCCUCUUUGAGAAAGGCAAAUAUCUUAUCGAUCUUCCUGUGAUACCAACAACAGAUGGAGAUUUCCUGCCUCAUGACCCUCAGAAGCUUCUGGAGCCUGGGCACAUCAAACUCAAGCCAGUUCUCAUUGGUUUUACCUCUGACGAAGGGAACACCUUUAUGCCGUUUAGUUUUCCUGGCAUCGAGCGCCACCAGUUCACUCACGAGCUACUUCUGAAAGGGAUACGGAUGGCAAUACGAAAUGCAACGGAAGAGGUUGCACAGGCUGUGGCCCUGGAGUACAGCAAGGAAGGCCAGGAUCCAGUCCAGUAUUACAGGGCCUUGUCACAGUCCUUUCGUGAUUACUUCUUUUCGUGCCCAAUGGAUGAAUUCUCUAAGAAGCUGGAAGAAGUUGGGAGCCCUGUGUACGCUUACUACUUCAAGCACCACACCUCAGGCUCUUUUUGGCCUGAGUGGGUUGGGGCACCCCAUGAUGCUGAGCUGCCUUACUUGUUUGGAACCCUCGAGAAAGCUAUGGCCACCAAUCAAACUUACACAGAAGCUGAGGCUGAUCUGAGCCGCAGGGUGAUGCGAUACUGGGCAGAGUUUUCCAGAAGUGGGUAAGGCAUGACCUUUUCCUCGCUUGCCCUUCACCUUUAUACAGAAGGCAAGCCCUUUCAACCCUUAAAGCUGUGGGAUGUAAAACACAGGAGCAGUCAAUGACAACAUUCCUAGAGUGUACAUGUUAGAACAUGGGGAAGGAUGUCUGUCCAGCAAGCAGGUAAACUUCCUGGGGACGGACUUCCUCCGCAUGUGACCAGAGGUGGGUGUGGCCUCACCUGUGCAGGUAAAUGAUAAAAGCACAGGGCAGGCAGCCAUUCUCUCUCUUGUCUCUCUUGCCUCUCUCUGCCAUCUUCCUUCGAUCAGGAAAUGUUAUGUACUGAGUUGAAUAGGAUCCAAACUGUAGCAGUCUGAUUGGUCCUAGAACAAUAGGAUCCAAAAGGCAGCAGUCUGAUUGGUCCUAGAACAGUAGGAUUCAGAAUGCAGCAGUCUGAUUGGUCCUAGAACAAUGCAGCAGUAUGAUUGGUUGGCAGGAACCACCCAAUCCUGCUCCAGAUAGAAGUGAAUCCACAACCUGAUUGGCUUACAGUAGAAUUCCAGAAUUAGCCAAUCAUGUGCAGCCCAUUGUGUAAAUAAUGUAUAUAAAGCAGAUACUGUGAGGGGACAUUCAUUCAUUCCUCCUCACCACUAUGAGCUGAAUAAAGAGCAUGAAAUCACUUUGCGACUUGGAGUAUAUUUCAGGAAACAUCUAAGGAUGCCCUCUUGGCUCUCAGCCAAGAGAGGAGGAAAGGACUAUCUUGCUAUAAGAUAGAUUCUGAGUGUAUUUUGCCUUUUUAAAGCUGUCUUUUUAAAGCCUAGAAUAGCAUUAGCCUUUCUUUGUGUGCUGCUGUUGACUCAUGUUGAGCUUGUGGUCCACUAAGACCCCUAGAUCCUUUUCACAUGCACUGCUAGUAAGCCAGGUGUCCCCCAUCUUAUAUUUGCGCAUCUGGUUCCUCCUGCCUAAGUGCAGAACCUUACAUUUCUCCCUGCUGAAAUUCAUUUUGUUGGCUUGGGCCCAGUUCUCCAAUCUGUCAAGGUCAUUUUGAAUUCUGAUCAUGUCUUCUGUGGCAUUAGCUAACCCUCCCGGUUUGGUGUCAUCUGCAAAUCUGACGAGGUCCAAAUGUGUUCCUGUGAAUAUCUGGCCUUCAGAAUUCUCCAGCUCUCACUGGCUCUGUUUCGCUCCUCAAGUGUUUUUUUGCCUGAUUGUGAUAUCUCCCCAAACUCUGAUAAUGCCUUCUGCCUGGAUGGAAGAUGGAGAGCAGUAUAUUGGUGUUUAGAGCUAUAUAUUUGUUUUACAUCCUCUGCAGGAAACCAACGGGGUCAGCUGCCGGCGAGGUAGAGUGGCCGCUCUACAAUGCCACACAGCAGAACUUCUUCCACCUAAGCACUGAGCCAACCCAGGUUGUGGACAGGUCACCUGUGCAACACUGCACUUUCUUCAAUACACUGAUAAGUGAGCUCUGUUCUUUGCCUUGCAGUAUGGGUGUGAGUGGACUGCGGUGGGGGCUAAGACCUCAUAAGACAAAUGCUUCUAAUGACUGUACUGUAGCUGGCAUCACCUACAGCUGAAAUGAGAUGCUACUGGCCCCGGGCUUCUAGAACAGGGAUUGCCAAUGUGAUGACCAUGGAUGCAAUGGUGUGGGUACCCAUGGCUGUACUCUCUACCCCUCCAUCCUUUGGCCAUAAGAUGGUAAGUGAGGUUACCUUUUGUCCUGUGAAAAGCCAAGAACUGAAGGAGGAAGCUGGAAGAUUGAGACUCUUUCCCACUUCCUCUCUCACUUCUAUGAGAAGAAACCAGAGCUGGGCACGCACUCCAAAAUCCAGAUGUGGAUAUAUGCCUAAAUAGGUCGGCGACUCUUGUUCCAGAGUCUUCAACAUCUCAUUUCCAGAUUCAAACUUUUCUCUGGCUUUCUUUCUUUCUUCUUCUCCUUCUUCUACAGACAAAUUGAAAGAGGAUUCUGCUGCUUCACACAAGGAGGAGGACGAGAAAAAGGAAUCCACAACACAAUAG